AUGGGUGAAUUACUAGAUGCAGUAAAUAAUACUGAAACAGCUAAAAAUGAAGAAAUAAUUAAUAAAGAUGAAAAUGACAUUGUUGGUGAAUUAGAUGAUAAGUUAAAUCUGAAUAAAAAUGACAAAACUUCAGAUGUUGUUAAAAAAAAGAAUAAAAAAAAAAAGAAGAAGAAGUCUUCAACAUCAGAAACAAAUGUUAACGCAUUUAACCCUGUGGAUCAGUAUAUUCGCUGCAUCAAACCAUGGACCUAUGAAGUGGAAAAUUCAGAUAAACCAGUUGACCAACAAUUUAGCAAGGGAAAGUACCCAUUAGGCCAAAUAAUCCCAUAUACUGGUACUGGAAAAGCAAGGAUGGAAUCAAAGGAGAAGAUGGUUGCUGAAAAGAUCCAUGAGGAAGACUAUGAAUAUCUACGUCGUGCCGCUGAAUGCCACCGUCAAGUUAGACGCUAUAUCCAAUCAUUUAUCAGACCAGGGUUAACUAUGAUUGAAAUUGCCCAAGCAGUAGAUGCUAAGACUAAACAUUUGAUCAGUGCCAAUGGCUUGGAUGCUGGUUGGGGAUUUCCCACUGGCUGUUCAUUAAACAACUGUGCAGCUCACUAUACUCCUAAUUAUGGUGAUACAACGAUUUUACAGCAAAAUGACGUUUGCAAGCUUGACUUUGGCACACAAGUGAAGGGAAACAUUAUAGAUUGCGCGUUUACGAUUGCCUUUGACGAGAAGUAUGAUCCUUUAAUCAUGGCAACACAGGAAGGUACAAAUACUGGGCUGAAAAUGGCUGGUAUUGAUGCCUACAUGGCGGAUAUAGCCGAGGCUAUCCAGGAAGCCAUCGAGUCUCAUGAAGUUGAGAUAGACGGUACGACAUAUCCUGUUAGAGCAAUUAGAAAUCUCACUGGGCAUAACAUCGGCAAAUAUCUCAUACAUGCGGGAAAAUCUGUGCCUAUUGUCAAAAAUUCUGGGUGUAAUGAGCGGAUGGAAGAGGGAGAAAUGUAUGCAAUUGAGACAUUUGCCUCAACGGGAAAGGGGUUUGUUUUGGAAAAGGAGGAUUGUUCACACUAUAUGAAGACAUUUGAUGUAGGGUUUGUACCAUUGCGUCUAAGGUCUUCAAAAGACUUGCUAAAGUGCAUAGAUGAAAAUUUUGGCACUCUGGCAUUUUGCCGUCGUUGGUUAGAUGAUUUAGGCCAAAAACGGCAUUUAAUUUCACUAAAAAAUUUGGUGGAUAAUGGUAUUGUAACACCAUACCCUCCCCUUUCAGAUAUUAAAGGGUGUUAUACAUCGCAAAUGGAGCAUACGAUACUGUUAAGACCUACCUGUAAGGAAGUAUUAUCUCGGGGUGAUGAUUACUGA